AUGGUAUACUUUCCUGGCACUGAAUAUCGAUUCCAUACCAGCUGUAUGAGCGAAGCCCAAAAGUAUCAAGGCGCUCUCUACAAGGAAAAGAACAACCACAGCAACAAGAAGAAUAAGACAAACAACAACCAGCCUCAGGCCGCCCCCGUUCACCAAUACGGCGCCAUGGCUCAACACGCAUACGUCGAAGAGGUCCCCGACGCCGAGUUCGAAUCCUUCCCGUACGAGGCCAGCGACAACGGUAACUCGCCCGCCGAACUCCUCCCUGAGGCCCCAACACCCCCCUCGGCCAAUGAAGGCAACGUCAACGUCUUUGACUUCCUCGAUCCGUCUGCAACACCCAAUGCGUCUACUCUGGGGGCCAAGGAACCAACCGAGGAAACACAGCUUGUACGCUACGAGUAUGAUGCCGAAGCUUACUUGGAUGACGACGGUGCAAUGGUCGACGGGGACCGACAUGCCCUCGUGCAAUAUGGCACCGGACCGAUUCCCAUGGGUUACGAGACCCCUGCCCCGAAGCACGAGCGGAGAAGAAAAGAUGGCAGCGAGAAGAAAGACAAGAAACGCAAGCGCCUUCACGUUGACACUGACCAGAUGAUGGUUGACGCCCCUCCCGCCUUGGCUCACUCGGGCUUGACUGGCGGCCUCAAAACUUUGAUGCGUCCCGUCUUCCCGCCUUCGCCCGACUAUUCCGGCGGCGACGUCGCCGACCCAGGCCUGACCAGCCCGCUCAAAAAGACCAAAAGCUCGAAGCAGAAGAAAGAGAACGGAUUUGGCAGCAACAUCCUCGAUAUGCUGAACAUGAACGGUGCCAAGACAAAGACCAAGACCAAGACCAAGAAACGUAAGGUCUCGUCAUCCACCAAGAAGCACUCCCGCCACCACCGGCCCGACAGCGAGAAGCCCCCCAAGCUGAUUGAGUAUCGCCCGGGCUCUCGCGACAGCAAGAAGGGCGAGAACGGUGACGGCGAAGGGCAGAUGAUUGUCUACCGCCCCCGCGCCGACCUCUUCCUGUCCUUAGUCAACAAGGGCCCCGAGAGCGAGCGCGGCUGCAGCAUGAAUAAGGCCCUCAAGCGCUUCCACCGCGAGCGCUCCGAGUCCGAGGAUAGCCUUGGAAAGCUUUCGGAAGAGAAGGAGCUAUGGCGGUCGCUGCGUCUCAAGCACAACGAUCGUGGGGAGAUUGUCCUCUUCACGGCCUGA